AUGUACCAUUACUUUAUCUCUGAGAUGUUACCUGUUGCUAUGAUCACUGCCAUUGCCACGUUAGUGAGCAUGGCUACUGCAAGAUCAUCACUAAAUGAUUUGGAAAGACACUUUUCCGUGGAGAACGAGUCUGAAGAAGUGCGUUCUGCAGCUAUCAAGAGGCUGCUGGAGGUGUUUGGGAUGCAGGAUGCUCCUCACCUACGGGGCGACAAGCAGCCGCCUCAGUACAUGGUCGACCUGUACAACACUGUCGCAGAUGUGGACGGAGUUACCAAGGACCCCUACAUUCUGGAGGGGAAUACAGUACGCAGCUUCUUCGACAAACUGCACAGUGAACAAAUUGAGUUCCUGUUCAACUUGUCCAUGGUGGCCAGUAGUGAGAAGGUUCUAACCGCGGAACUCCAUCUCUUCAAGCUGCGCCCUCAGGUUUCUGCAACAUUCAAUAGAUAUCACUUCUGUCAGGUCAGUGUCUACCAGCUUCUGGAUAGCAGCAAAAUGAACAUUACUCAGGGAAAGAAGCUGCUGUCUUCCAGGCUGAUCCCUGUCCCCUCCACUGGCUGGGAAGUGUUCACCAUUACACAAGCUGUGCGUUCCUGGAUGGCUGUUGAGAGCAAUAACCUGGGUCUUCUGGUCACAGUGCAGACCCUGGGAGGAAGCCAGAUGGAUGAGAAGGUGGUGCGUUUUUCUUCAGGCCGUAACCACCAUAAAAGCAAGCAGCCCAUGCUGGUGCUGUUCACUGACGAUGGCCGCCGUGCAGCCGCUCUGGAUAAUACAGUCAAAGAUCCCAAUGAGACCCCAGCUGUCCCUGGCCUGUCCAACCUCCCCAACACCCCAGGCUUCCACCGUAGCGCCCGCUCCCUGGACUAUGACGAGGACGUAGAGAAGAUGACGUGCCAGCGCCUGCCACUCUAUGUGGACUUCGAGGAGAUCGGCUGGUCCGGGUGGAUCGUGUCGCCUCGGGGUUACAAUGCCUACCACUGUAAGGGCUCCUGCCCUUUCCCCCUGGGCCAGAACAUGAGACCCACUAACCACGCCACCGUCCAGUCUAUCAUCAACGCUCUGAAGCUGACUAAAGGCAUUGAAACGCCGUGUUGCGCGCCAGACAAGCUCUUCUCUAUCAACCUGCUGUAUUUUGAUGAUGACGAGAAUGUGGUGCUGAAGCAGUAUGAUGACAUGGUGGCAGGAAGCUGCGGCUGCCAUUGAGCUGGAUGGACGGACGGACGGACGGGGGGGGUGACUGUGCUAAACCAAGAUGGCUGACACGGAGCAGCAGUGUAUCUCAUUCAGGAGGGCACAACGUUGCAAACCUCACAGAUAGACAUGUCUUGUAUAGAGCUCACACCCUUCUACAUGACAGAGAAUGAUGUUUGUUAGAUGUGAUAUAUUUCUGAUUGUUCUGUAACCUUGCGCCCAACUGAAUGCGACUCUGCUCUGUGUGGAUGGAUGACUGCCUGGUGCUGUACAACGCUGACCAAGGUGUAUUGUGUCAAAGCAAAUGAGGACAAAUAUUAAAAUCUCAUUUCAGUCUAGGUGUUGGUAUAAAACCGCCUCUUACACUCAGCGAUGAAGAUGAAGCAGUAUGCAGGCAGAGUCCUACGUGUAACAUAUGUAAAUAGGUAGAAACUAUAAUAUAUGACAGGGCAUGACUUGGAUUUCCUGUGACAGAUGUAAAUGUGU